GGGGAGUGUUCCUGUGGGGGAGGCUUUAGUUCCUCUGACGUUCCCUCCCCUCCUCUCAUGCUCACAGCAGCAGGAGCCUCGUCUGUAGCACAGAGUCGAGCACAGAGUUUACCGGAGCUGUCUGCAGAGCUACAAACCACAGAGUUGCAUCACACUCAUGGAGCUGAGGCGUGAUGUGGCCACUGAGAUCAGCUUUAAACAGGAGCAGAGCAGCGAGGCUGUCACCACGUCACCUGAACCUAAGCGCUACGAGUGUGACCAGUGUGGAAAGUCUCUGGCCACAGCACGUUCCCUCCAAUCACACACGAGGGUCCACACUGGUGAGAGACCUUACAGCUGUGACCAGUGUGAAAAGACUUUCAAACUACAGUCUGGUUUAAGUGUGCACCGGAGGACUCACAGUGGACUGAAGCCUUUUAAGUGUGACCAGUGUGGGAAGAGGUUCUUUCGGCGCAGCUGCGUGACACGACACAUGAACAUCCACACACGAGACAAAAUAUACCGCUGUGAGGAGUGUGGGAAAACAUUAAAUGACAAAACCGCGCUUAAGUACCAUAGGAGAAUUCACACUGGAGUUAAGCCAUUUGAGUGUGACCAGUGUGGGAAAACCUUCAUCUCAUCUGGGCAACUGAAACAACACUUGAUGGUGCAUUCUGAUGAGCGGCCGUACACCUGCGGCGAGUGUGGUAAAAACUUCAGAAAGUCUGAAAACCUUCGUAAACACAAGAGCAUCCACACCGGAGACAAGCCCCACCAGUGUGACCAGUGUGGGAUGAGCUUCAGACUUAUAGGAACGCUGAAAAUUCACCGGCUCAUUCACAGCCAAGAGCGGCCAUUCAAGUGUGACCAGUGUGAUAAAGCUUUUAAAACUUUUAAAAACCUCUCUGCGCAUGUCCUAAUCCACACAGGAGACAAGCCGUACGUCUGUGGUGUGUGUAGCAAUGCUUUCUCAUACCCGUCUAACUUGACUAGACACAUGAACAGCCACAAACUGCAGCUACAGCCGCCAUUAUGUUGACAUAACGGACAAACUCAGUGUAUCACCAGGGCACAUAUUAUAUCAGAAUAUAAAAUAAUAUAAUAUAAAAAUACUUGAGUCUCUGUGAAGACGUUCCAUCUUUAGUUUGAUUUUAUUUCACUCAGGUUUUGAAUCACAUUGUCAGAUCUUUAUUUGAUAUUAUUUCUGUGUGUAAAAUAAAAAAAAUAAACAAUGUUGCAUCACUUCCA